AUGGGGGCCGAAGUAGCCAUAGGCAUUGCAGCCGGCAUAGUAGCCUUUCUUGACUUCUCAUGGAAACUCACCACUGGCGCCAACGAACUGUAUGAUUCUAGACGACAAGUAAGUAGAGAAAACGCCCGGAUAAGGGAGAUUAUCGAAGACCUCAGAAACUACUCCUUUGAGCUUCAAUCAGAGCAGUUGGGUAGCUCAAGGCAUGAGCAAGCCCUGAAGGCUCUCUCGACAGGAUGUUACGAUGUGUGCCAAGAGCUCAUAGCCAUUCUUGACACGCUCAAGGCGAGGAGAAACUCGCGCUGGGCUGCUUUGAGGGUAACAUGGGCUGGUAUGCGCCAGAGAAAGGAGGUUGCUCAUAUCGAAGGCCGACUUGCUGAGUAUCGCAUGGAAAUCAAUACGAGGCUUCUUGCAUUACUGAAUGAACACCAAUCGUCCGUCAAGAAGCAGUUGGACGACAUACAAACUGAAGCUCAAAACAUGUCUUUGAGUUCUGCCGAGGAGCUCAAACUUCUUCGGGCCGAGUUUAUCAAGCUAUUGGCAAAGCCAGAUGAUGACGACGAUGAUGGGAGCGAAGGCAGCACCACUGCGACUUCGGAUGACAGCAAGCAAAGGGAAAGAGCCAGCCAAAAGUUUCUCAAUUGGCUCCGGGGCGACGGCAGGUUAUUCUACGUCUCCGGCAAGGCAGGCUGUGGGAAGCCAACUCUCCUGAAGUUCAUGGCCAACCAUCAGAAGACAAGAACGCUUUUACAGCAAUGGGCCGGUGAUAGAACCGUUGCGAUUGCUUCGUUCUUCUUCUGGCAAUCGGACGGUCAGAAACUUCAAAUGACCCUCGAUGGGAUGUAUCGAUCUAUUUUGUUCUUCAUCCUCAGACACUGCCCUCGCCUCAUACCAGACGUACUCCCCAAGCAGUGGGAAGCUACGGAUUCCGAGAAGAGAAACGCAGUUGUUGACUCAGACUUGUAUCAAGCGCCCAGUAUCAAAGCAGCCUUUGAACGGCUGAUGAACCUCGAACUGCCGUCCGAUGACGUGAGGUUUUGCUUGUUCAUCGAUGGCCUUGACGAAUAUAAGGCUGAUGCCUACGACCAGAAACUCUUUGCUAUGAAGCUUCGAGACUGGGCAGAGGGAAGCUUGAUCAAGAUAUGCGUCAGCUCCAGGCCAGAGGUGCAUUUCCUGAACACAUUCCGCUCAGCAAUUCAUCUUCAUGAGAUCACUCAAGGCGACAUAUAUCUUUUAACUCGAGACACCUUCGAGCAUGAUAGCAACUUUUAUCACAUUUCAUCUUUCUACCUUGAGUUUGUGGAAAAGAUUGUCUGGUCAGCUGAUGGUGUAUUCCUCUGGGCUCGCUUAGUUGCGAGAGCACUUCUAGAGGAAGCCGAGAUGCACAGCAGCUACGAACGACUGUGCCAGAAGCUCGAUAGCACGCCGACUCAGCUUAAUAACCUAUACAAGUCCAUGCUUUCGUCCAUGCCCCGAGAUGACAGAACAAAAAUCCGGUCACUACUCAUACUAGUCGCUACAAACCCCUUCAAGAGCCCCUUGCACACCUCCGUGUUUGAUUAUAUCAACGCCUCUGGGGAUGUCGACCUUCAACUUCUCAAUCAACGAACGCGCUACACUACAGAAACGCUUCUCAGAGACCAGGAAAGAGUAGGCCUUGAAAUCAAGACACUUGUGGCAUUUGAGAACAUUUGGGUUAAUCACUUCGCGCAUGCAACGGAAUUACGUUACGUCACUGGAUCUCAGCGUUCGAACUUUUCGAAUCUUGUGGAUGACGUUGCAGACCCCACGCUCAGUUUACAAAAGGAAGACAUGUUUUGUGAUUAUCAGGCGCUGGAAAGCGAGGCUGGGAGCGACGAUAUGCUACGAUCAUCAACUGGAUUUGGUAGCAAGACUAUGGUCUUUUGCCUUUACAUUGAGAACCACCUGGGCAACAAGGUUGGUGUAUCGAGACCGCUUGUACCAGUUUUGAGAGUAAUCAACCUGACAAGCGGUUCCUCCUUGUUCAUCAUAACUGCGCCACUGCACAAGAUCCGACUCCUCAUUCACAGGAUCGUUAGGCAAAUUCUGCAAUGCCUGUGCUUGGUACUGCGAAACAUGAGCCAAGUUUACAGCAGAGACGUCGUCAACACCCCGCAAGACGCGAACCGUUAG